AUGUCUACCUACUCAGCCUCUUCUGCAUCCGACGGCAUCAUGACCCCAACAUCAAGCAAGUCGUCCGACAGCAUCAUCGACAACAACAAUCAAGCUCAGUCCGAUGUGCGCGAGGUAUCAAGCCCCACCACGAUGCUCGGACAAGCCAAACAAGGGGUCAAAGACCUUCUUGCCCCAUUCCGCGCAGACUUCAAUUCCGAGAUUCACAGCACCAUCAACCACACUCUUCUGGUCAGUCUUCCGAUCACGCUGGCGGUAAUGCUCAAGGCCGACACAUUCCACAACAAGAAGGUAGAGAAUCAGAACUUCGUCAACAAGAACAGAUGCCCCGCCAACACAACCGAGACUCGCGAGCGGCUCGACUUGCUUGCCAAAUGCGUCAAUGCAGGCAACCAUGGUCCGAGUUUUGGAAGCUUCUACGACCAGAAUUCCACCAAAGUCCACCUUCUUGGUGGUCUGUUGGCUGUUCUGGCAGUCAUGGCGUUGAUCAAGACUACGAAGAGCGCCAUUCGUCUCACAGACACUCUCUUCGCGGCCACUGAUAAGCGCAUGGUCCGAGAAGAUGGGGUCAUGAUGAAGGUUGGGAGUGUCAUCUCAGCUCUUAUCAUGGUGCUGCUCAACUUCAUCGCUCUGUUCUACGUGGUGACGGUGAUUGUCAACUUCGGCGAAUGGUUCGGAUAUGCGACUCAGUACUCUGGAAUGGACCUCAGCAAGUUGACCUGGAGUCUGAAGUAG